UGCUGGGCCACGUGAGUGUCGACGCGCCGGCGUUGCGGUGGCGGCGGGCUCAGGCUUGUUUGGGUUCGGGGUUUUCUGCCCCGAGGUGGCGUGACCGUGUCAUGGCUGUUCCUGGGGUGAUCCGUAGGUUGGAAGACGUGGUGGUGAACAGGAUUGCUGCUGGCGAGGUGAUUCAGCGGCCUGCUAAUGCCAUUAAAGAAAUGCUAGAGAACAGUUUGGAUGCCAAAUCUACAAAUAUUCAAGUUGUUUUAAAGGAUGGUGGAUUGAAGAUGAUUCAGAUUCAGGAUAAUGGGACUGGUAUCAGGAAGGAAGAUUUGGAAAUACUUUGUGAAAGAUUUACUACAAGCAAGUUACAAAAAUUUGAAGAUCUUGCCAGCAUCUCUACAUAUGGAUUUAGAGGAGAGGCUCUUGCCAGUAUAAGCCAUGUGGCACAUGUCACCGUAACGACCAAAACUGCUGAUGCGAAGUGUGCCUUGAGGUGCAGCUACUGUGAUGGGAAAUUGAAAGCUCCUCCAAAACCAUGUGCUGGAAAUCAAGGCACACAGAUAACAGUGGAAGAUCUCUUCUAUAAUAUUGCUACACGAAGGAAGGCUCUGAAAAAUCCCAGUGAUGAGUUUUCUAAAGUUGUGGAAGUUGUGAGCAGGUAUGCAAUUCACAAUUCAGGAGUGAGCUUCAGUGUGAAGAAGCAAGGUGAAACUGUUGCUGACGUGAGAACAUUGCCCAAUGCCUCAACCCUUGACAAUAUUCGAACAAUCUUUGGAAAUGCUGUGAGCAGGGAAUUAAUUGAGGUGUCCUUUGAAGAACCAAAAUUUGCUUUCAAAAUGAAAGGUUACAUAUCCAAUGCAAAUUAUUCUGUGAAAAAAUGCAUCUUUUUGCUCUUCAUAAAUCAUCGCUUGGUGGAAUCAAGUGCUUUACGGAAAGCAAUUGAAAAUGUUUAUGCAGCAUACCUUCCCAAAAAUACACAUCCCUUCCUAUAUCUGAGCCUUGAAAUAUUACCACAAAAUGUAGAUGUAAACGUCCAUCCAACAAAGCAUGAAGUACACUUUCUACAUGAAGAUAGCAUCAUCGAGAGUGUGCAACAAUAUGUGGAGAGUAAGCUGCUUGGUGCGAACUCCUCCAGAACCUAUUUUACUCAGACUUUGUUACCAGGGCCAGCCAUAACAUCCAGUGACAUUGUCAAACCUUUGGCAGCAUCAUCCAUGGUUCCAGGUACCAGUGAAAAACCAUGCCCUCGCCAGAUGGUGCGAACAGACGCCAAGGAACAGAAGAUGGAUGCUUUCCUUCAAUCGGUCAACAAGUUGCAUGCCGUGCUGCCUGCCGAUCCUCCUGCUACAGAAGUACCUAGAUAUCAGGACUCUGAGAUGUUGGAUGCAAGUGAUUUUGAAGUACCGUCUGUGAAAGAUGUUGAGAGCAUGGUUAAGACUGUGGAGAAACAUGUACAUCCUUGUGUUGAAGAUUCCUCCAGUGGCCAAUCCAGAAAGCGAUCAAGGGCCGAAUCGCCAAAUGAAGAAAAGGAAAUGAACUCCAGUCAUAAUAUGACAGCUGCUCAUCUUCCAAAGAGGCGAAUUAUUAAUCUAACCAGUAUACUCUCUCUGCGGGAGGAGAUCAACAGUCAAAACCAUACAGGCCUCCAAGAUAUGUUACAGAAUCAUGUAUUUAUAGGUUGUGUGAAUCCACAGUGGGCAUUGGUGCAGUACCAAACUAAACUUUACCUGAUCAACACUACUAAACUCAGUCAGGAAUUAUUUCACCAAAUCUUGAUCUAUGACUUCGGCAACUUUGGAGUUUUGAGGUUAUCGACCCCAGCUCCACUGUAUGAACUGGCCAUGAUGGCACUGGAUAGUCCAGAAAGUGGAUGGACAGAGGAAGAUGGUCCUAAAGAAGGAUUAGCAGAAUAUAUUGUGGACUUCCUGAAGACAAAAUCUGAAAUGCUGCAAGAUUAUUUUUCCCUUGGUAUUGAUGAGGAGGGAAACCUGACUGGAUUACCUCUGCUUUUAGAAAAUUAUAUUCCAGCCCUUGAGGGAUUGCCGAUGUUCAUCUUGCGUCUAGCUACAGAGGUGAACUGGGAUGAAGAAAAGGAGUGCUUUGAAACAUUGAGCAAGGAAUGCAGUAUGUUUUUUUCCAUCAGAAAAGAAUAUACACUGUGUAAUUCACCAGUCUUGCUACAUCUAGAUCAACAGCAUGAAGAACUUGGCAGUGACAAGUCUUGGAAGUGGUCUGUAGAACACAUUAUAUCCAAAGCUUUCAGGACUCUGCUCCUUCCACCAAAGCAAUUUGCAGAAAAUGGAACCAUCCUGCAGCUUGCCAAUUUAUCUGAUCUGUACAAAGUCUUUGAGAGAUGUUGAUCAAUUACUACAAGGACACAGCUAAAUAUCUGUUUAUGAACAUUUUAAGUGCUGCAAGUAAUAUUCAUUAUGCCAGUAGUAUUCCAAGUCUGUAGAAUUCUACAGUACAUUUCAUUUGUCUGUGCCACAUGUGAUGCUUACAGUAAUCCAAUUAGGACUUUAUUUGCCCAAAUGCUUUUCUGGAUGCUGUAAUUGUUUCUGCCUCUUGUAACUCCUGUCAGUUCAUUUAUGGACCUAAAUUGAGGGACAGUGGUUUUUCCCUCAAGGCAAAGUGUUGUUUUUUCAGUUGUACAUAACUCUUCAAAUAAAUCAAACAUUUCUUCAGUUUGAUCACCAGCAAGGCUUUAAGUGGUGUAAUCAUAUGCUGUAAUAAAUUUGUUCUAGCCAUUUAAUUUUUUAAUGCACAACCCGGUGUCAUUCAUUCAUUGAUUCUGAACUCGUUUUUUAUUCAAUAAAUGACAACCCUAAUUUAUCUUGCGCCAUCCUAUCAUAAGUAGCAAUGUAUUUGCAUUAUAAUAAUUUUGCACUUGGCUAAUGUUCCCUUCCCACAGUUGGACAAACAGAAAUGAACAAUUUACGUGCAGAGUAGCAGCAGUUCAUUUUUUUGCGGGUUUCUAUCUGAUAGUUGCUUGAGCCUCAAUGCUGUCUGAUCUUCUGUAAGCAUAAGCCCAACCCAAAUUAUUAAUGAAGUUGCCUUGGGCAGUCACUUUCUUGCAGUGGUCUAUAUAACAACCUUUGACUUAAAAAAAAACAAAAUUGCUCAAAAAGCUGAACAAAAUUUUAUUUGAUUCACAUUUAAGUGGGUCUCGUUACAUUUAUUUUUUUAAAAAGCUUGUUGUAUGUUGAAUAUGUUACAGAUAUUCAUCUGUAACAACACCAGAGGCUGUAAUUGAUAUUGUAAUAAUCAGAUCUGUUAUUGUUGGUAAUAAAAGAUUUUUACUUUGG